UAGUUUCACAAAGAAAAAUGUCUUUUAAAACUUCAACACGAAUCAGUUUGUCGGUUUGAGCAGCUUUAACUAUAGACAGUAUGGCGACGAAGUUACACCGUUUACAUCAAAAAGUGAAAUUUAGCCAACACAUAUAGCUAUAAAUAGAAAGUGUAUAUUGUUUAAUUAACAAACAACAAAAAUAUCAAAGUUAAAAUAAUAUAAAUCCGAUAUUAACUGAAUUUAGCUGCUGCUCCAGAGCGCCCUCUGCUGCUCCACUUUGGUAACUGCGCCAUGGUGGAAAAAAGCUGCGCUCUGAUUGGUUGAUUCCUCUCUCGCUUUAGUUAUGCUGCCUUCAUAGGCUGUCGGAAAAAGGGCAUCUGUACUUGAACGCUCCUCAAAAGCUCAAUAAAAUAUUAAAUAGAGACGGAAGAGCGUCGGUUUUCUAGCUUAGACUUUCAAUUUGUUUUCUCUCUGAGUCUUUUGGGCAUUUAUCAGGCAGAUGGCAGAAAACAUUUAUUUAUAUUCGAUAAAUAAUGCGUUAAUUUGUUAUUCAUUAAGACUUUUGGGAUUUCUGUGUCACUACUUCAUACUGUGUAAUUGCAGUUGUCUGAUUGUAUUGCAUACCCAAAAGUAUAAUGCGAAUAAUUUAAGUCCAGAGUCCAGUUUAAUACAAAAACUGUGAGAAUCUAACAGCGUAAUCCCAAUUUCCAAGCUUCCAUUUGAGGCCAAAUAUGGGGCAUUUGAAGGCAACAUCACCAUCGAUCAUUGCGCUUCGCCUCAAGCAUCCCCACACGACACGGAUCUCAGAGGCGACAGCAGGACUGUAUAUGUGACGGACAACAUGACCAUCAGAAACGCUAUCCGGGAUCAUGGACAGAGGUACCGGCCUCGGAUGGCUUGUCUCAGAAAGGCGGAGAAGGUGCUGCUGGAGAUGCAGGACCCCAGAACAGGGGUGAAGUCGCAGCCUCAGAGAUUGGUUAUCACCACGAUACCACACGCUAUCACCGGUGAAGACAUAAUUGCGUGGCUUGCCGGCAGAUUCCAAAUAGACACACAAGAGGCGAGGAGUUUUGGCUCGAUGCUGGUGGCGCUGGGAUAUAUCUACCCGCUACAAGACCACAAACGCUUAGUGAUCAAACCUGAUGCGUCCCUGUAUCGCUUCCAGACUCCAUAUUUCUGGCCCACACAGCAGUGGCCUGUCGAGGACACGGAUUACGCGAUCUACUUGGCAAAAAGAAACAUACGGAAGAAAGGAAUCCUGGAGCUGCACGAGCAGGAGCAGUAUAACCGUCUCCACAAGUGGAUGAAUCAUAAAUGGGAUUUCAUUGUGAUGCAGGCUAAAGAACAGUACAGAGCUGCAAAGGAGAGGAAGAAGCCAGACCGUGUGGUGUUCGAGUGCCAGGAGAGAGCCUACUGGGUGGUUCACAGACCUCCGCCGGGGACGGUGAGCGCCAUGGACUACGGUCUGGAGCGACGGAUAGAUCCCAACGCAGACGAGACACAAACUCCUGACUUCUACGAGAGAAUCAUGAUCUUUACGCAGCAGUCCAUCAUGAGGCCCAGAGUGAAGUCAUCUGUGUCUAUUGGAGCACUGGUGAAAUACUGCACCACCUACUACAGCCAUGACCCAUUCCUCUCCAAGUGUCUUCCCAGCAACCCCUGGCUCACCGACGACGUCACAUUCUGGACCCUGAACAGACUCAAUGCGGAAGUACCGUCUAAGAUGCGAGUGGAGAGGUGGACGUUCAGCUUCGGAGAGCUGCUCUCAGACCCUCGAGGACGAGAUGAUUUCAGACUUUUCCUGAAGAAAGAAUUCAGCAGUGAGAACUUGGCAUUCUGGGAAAGUUGUGAGGAUCUGAAGUGGGGCACUGCUGCGACAAUGAGAGGGAAAGCCGAGCAGAUCUACAAGACUUUUCUGGCUCGUGGAGCUCCGCGGUGGAUCAACAUCGACGGAAAGACGAUGGAGAUCACAGUGAGUGGCCUGAGACACCCUCACAGAUACGUCCUGGAUGCAGCCCAGACCCACAUCUACAUGCUCAUGAAGAAGGACAAGUACGGCCGCUACAUAAAGUCUCCGGUGUUUAAGGACACCAUGAAGAAGGCCAUCUGUCCCGAGGAGCACAAGUUCUCCGAUGCCCAGCUGGAGCAGAACGCCAAGAACAGACGUCCCAGCCUGAGUCCCAUCAUCCUCCGGCAGCAGGAGCUGGAGCAGAGAGCCAGGAUGGCGGCCAACGCCCCGGUGGACAUCACUCAGCUGUGCCGCUUCACCACUCCGGUCCCUCACCUGUCCGUCUACUCUGGCAUCACUGACUCCCCCUCCCUGGCCUUCCCCAGCCCGGCCUGCCCGUCCCCCAUCAGCGUGGCCUUGGACAGCAGCUCGGCCUGCGAGCGACGACUGGAAGUUGACGAGGGGAAACACGAGGCCCGAGGCCCCGUCAGAGGACCUGUGUCCAAGUCCCGCAUGGCUCUGUCCCUGCGUCGCCUGCUGAAGAGAGGCUGCACCCCGGCCACCAUGUUUGCCAGCCUGUCCCCAAAAUGUCACUCAGCUGCCGGGACGAGUAGCCGAAUCCAGCCAAUCAGCCCUGAGGAACCCAGCCAGGCUCCGCCCAGGAGGAUCGGCAAUUUUUUCCAGAUUAAAGUGGAUAUUCCCCCAGAGUUCCGCAUCUACCCCAUAGAGUCUGAGGAUGAGGAUGAGGAUAACAGAUCUGCCUCUCGGGGAGGAGUAGGAACUAAAGAGAUCAUCUGUCCCUGGGAGAGCCUCACUCCACCGAACGGGAAGGGAUAAAGUCUGGAUUCACAGGUAGAAAACCACCAGGAUAUAUAAUGAUAAUAUAGAACACAAACAGCUAAAGACAGAAACAAAGCUCUCAGUCUGGUCCUCUAGACCAGGCUGUUGAUUUAUCUACUGAAGAGAAUCAAACACCUGACUGACUGUUGGCUUCAAAGGUCCCAGAGUCACAUCUGCUGCAGAUAAAGACUUUCAAAAUACUUUCCCUAAAUUAUGGCUCAGUACGCAGUGUUUCUCCACAGCUGUUUACAGCUGUUAUGCACUCCUACACCCAGGAUUUUACAAAUACUGGAGUCAUGAGUCCUUCCAGUGCGACUCCUCCUCUCAAAGGAAUGCAAGCAUCUUCUUUAUUCAUUUAACUGAUGACAUUUUCUUUCAAUUUUGCCUCCUGAUGGUGGUUUAAAGCAUUUCAAAGCCUUUCUCACAGUCAAGAAAACCCACCAUGAGUAAUGUGAAUGUAAUUUAAGAAUGUAAAGUCCUCUUCAGGUCAUAGAAAACACCCAGAUUCCCAGAAAAACACUGAACACACCAGUCCAGACCUUUAAAGCCAACAGGCAGAGAAUGUUUGACACCCAAAACUGAGAUUAUUGGUGGAGUGUUCAUCCAACUGCAGCCUUAUAUUCAUAAACCCUGACCGACCAGCACCAGCUGAGCCCAGCGUUUGGGUUAGAGGUUGAGUUUUGACAGAGGACGCCCCACCAGAGGACAACAAGGUGGACCAAAGUUCAAGUGCUUAGAGGACUUGAGCUGUAGCUUUUUCACAUUCGAACCUCAUCGUGAAUCUGUUGAUGACCUUAUCCACCUCCACACAGAUUCUGUUGGUAUUGAUUUGGUUUCUUCAAAGCAGGAACAAACUUUUUUAAGGUCACAAGACAACAAAACUGGAAAGAGUGAUUGCCAAGGUGCACACUGAAAACCAUGAAGUACAUUAAUGUUUACGUCUCAAAGCCGGUCUGCUUGUGCACAGGAAGACAUAUUAUAUUUAUAUAUUUACUGAAGUAGAAAAGUGUUCUUGUGCAGCGAAAUAGACUUAGAUGCCUCAUUUCCACUUCACUUACCUCUUACACUCUAUGAAAUGCCUGAAUAGAUGAGAGCACAUCAACAGUUGCUCUCCUGUUGUUGCAGAUCCACUCCUAUCAGCCCAGGAGGAGUUACUGGAUUUAAGGUGGAACUCGGUAAUAGUUUUGUAUUUGGCUCCACUGCUGUUGUGUAGCUGUUGUGUCUGUACACUACCCUGAGCGAGGAGGGGGACAACAUGAACUAACUGUCAGAAUGUAUGAUCUUUACCAUGUUUACAGAUGCAAGAAUGUGAAAAAUGACCUUAAAUUUGUUGUAUUUCAUUUGUACAUUCAAUAGCUUGUGUCAAGUGCCUCAAUAAAUGAUUGUCUUUACAAAAUUG